GCGGGAGGAGAGGCAAGGACAGUAUUGCUUAAAAGCCAGCGUAGUGAAGGAGUGAACGUGGUGAAGGAGUGAGGAACAAGGGAAAUCAAUCCCAGCUGAUCUGUCCGACUUUACCGAGGAUGAACCUCACAUGUUGACCAAAGGUUUCCAGCUACAGGGGGCCACUUCAAGUCGUUUGUAUGACUUGAGGACAAGUGAAAGGGAGCGCUCGAGAAGGAUUAUUAGAUAACAUUGUUUUGUAAGGAAUUCUUAGGCAGAAAGUCUGAUUUACAGGGAAAUACUGACUCUAAACCUACUAUGAAGCUUUACAUUGAAGGUGUGAGCAGGUGGGUGCCGGACAACUCCAUGGCUCAGUUUCAGGAAGUGAUGCGCCAGCAGCUCGAGAGCUCCAUGCAUGCUGAGCUGGAGAAGCUGCUGAGCACAGCUAAAGGGGAUGCUGAGAUUUGUAAGAAGGACUUUGAAGGAUUUAAGAAGCUGUUCCACAGGUUCCUGCAAGUGAAGGGACCUUCAGUGGAGUGGCCCAAAAUCAACAGACCCCCAGAAGACUCAAUCCAGCCAUAUGAGAAGAUCAGGGAGAAGGGUUUGCCAGAGAAUGUAGCAAACAGUCUGAACAAGCUGGUUGUGGUCAAGCUGAACGGAGGUCUGGGCACCAGCAUGGGCUGCAAAGGGCCGAAGAGCCUCAUCAGCGUCCGAAAUGAGAACACCUUCUUGGACCUCACCGUCCAGCAGAUCGAGCAUUUGAAUAAGACGUACAACACUGACGUCCCGCUGGUUCUGAUGAACUCCUUCAACACAGAUGAGGACACCAGGAAGAUCCUGCAGAAAUACACACACCACCGUGUGAAGAUACACACCUUCAACCAGAGCAGGUAUCCCCGGAUCAAUAAGGAAUCACUGCUGCCCGUGGCGAAGGACAUGGGCCUGGUUGGAGAAAGCGCUGAUGGUUGGUACCCCCCUGGGCAUGGAGACAUCUAUGCCAGCUUCUACAACUCUGGCCUGCUGGAGCAGCUCAUCGCCGAGGGCAAGGAGUACAUCUUUGUCUCCAACAUCGAUAAUCUGGGCGCCACAGUGGACCUGCACAUCCUAAACCAUCUGGUCAGCCAACCCAACGGCAAACGUUGCGAGUUCAUCAUGGAGGUGACGGACAAGACCAGAGCCGACGUCAAGGGAGGAACUCUGAUCCAGUACGAGGGGAAGCUGAGGUUACUGGAGAUCGCCCAGGUUCCUAAGGCUCACGUGGAUGAGUUCAAAUCUGUCUCAAAGUUCAAGAUCUUCAACACCAACAACCUGUGGAUCAGCCUCGCCGCCAUAAAGAGACUGCAGGAGCAGAACGCCAUGGACAUGGAGAUCAUUGUGAAUCCUAAGACUCUGAACGGUGGGCUGAACGUGAUUCAGCUGGAGACCGCUGUAGGAGCGGCCAUCAAAUGUUUCGACAACGCUCUGGGCAUCAACGUCCCCCGCAGCCGCUUCCUGCCCGUCAAAACCACCUCGGACCUCCUGCUGGUCAUGUCCAACCUCUACAGCCUGGAGGCGGGCUCUCUCACCAUGAGCGAGAAGAGGGAGUUCCCCACCACACCUCACGUCAAGCUGGGUAGCUCCUUCACCAAGGUUCAGGAGUAUCUGAUCCGCUUUGAGAGCAUCCCAGACAUGCUAGAGCUGGACCACCUGACUGUGUCUGGAGACGUCACAUUUGGGAAGAAUGUCUCACUCAAGGGAACGGUCAUCAUCAUAGCCAAUCAUGGGGACCGGAUCGACAUUCCAGCCGGCUCCAUGCUGGAGAACAAGAUUGUCUCCGGAAACCUGCGCAUCCUAGACCACUGAUGUCAUGUGCCCGGGGCACAAGAUCACAUGACUCCUCCUCACCUGUCCCUCCACCUCAUGACAGUCAGAGAGACAGAUAGACAGAGUCACACACACAACCUCUCACAAUUCCAAACUUAUUUUUGUAAUACUUUGAAGUCUUUUAAUGUGUAUUUUUUCAAACAUUCCAUUUUCUGGGUCAGUAUCGAAAUGGUGGGAAAUCACUGUGUGCAUAAUAUAGCACAAAGUCAUAUCGUCAUCUGUUGUUUUUUCUACUGAGAGAAGUUCAGUAUUUUCCCUUGAAGUGCUCGGAUAGCGACGUCCCAAACGGUGCCGACUUUGGCCUGUUUCACACUUGAGUGGUGUUAAAAUGUGAAGAGAGAAGCAAUAAGCUUUCUACGCUAAGAGUUCCAGCUCUGAGUUCCAGACGUCACCGUGUAAUCUGGAACCAUCUGUGGAGCAAAAUAAAGUGCAAUACCGAACAAAAA